UGCGGAGACCAUCAACAUUGCUUAAUUGUUUGCUCCCAGACUCUUGUACAGCUAUUAUUUUAACAACGACUGGGCUGGUGAUUACUGCUGCAGUCCCGGCUGAUUGACCUAUCUCCGAAUCGAGAAUCGUCCGAAAGUGCCUGCAGGCCACUACUGCUCACUCCGUAGCGACUAUUGACGAUUGGCCAGCCGAUCCCUCUGACCCCUCCCUUGCAGUCUUAGGGCGCUUUUCAUCACCGUCUAUCUCGGAUCUUUAUUCUUGUCUCUUGUUCUAUUACAUUCCUGCUGCAUUAAUACAUUUGUCACCUUGGAUGGGUGCCCGCUUCAAUCAUGUUGAUGGUCGAAAAGCAGUGGAUUAAUGUGCAGCAAAAGACCUUUACCAAAUGGCUCAAUAAUAAGUUGAAGGUUAGAGACCUCGCAAUUGAGGACCUCGUGCAUGAUCUCUCCGAUGGAGUUGUUCUCCUUCAUCUCCUCGAAAUCCUUGGCGAUGAGUCCCUUGGUCGAUAUGCCUCCAAGCCAAAGCUUCGUGUGCAAAAGUUCGAAAAUGUCAACAAGAGCUUGGAUUUCAUCAAGUGGAGGGGGAUUACGAUGACCAACAUUGGCGCCGAGGAUAUCGUUGACGGGAAUCGGAAGAUCAUCCUGGGUUUGAUCUGGACGCUCAUUUCAAAGUUUACCAUCAGCGACAUCAAUACAGAGGGCAUGUCCGCGAAGGAAGGCUUGUUGCUAUGGUGCCAGCGGAAGACUGCCUGCUAUCCGGAAGUAGAGGUUCGGGAUUUCUCAGGCAGCUGGAAUGAUGGCCUCGCUUUCUGUGCGCUUCUCGAUAUCCAUCGACCGGAUUUAAUCGAUUUUGAUUCCUUGGAUAAGAACGAUCACCGCGGUAACAUGCAGCUGGCUUUCGAUAUUGCCUCCAAUGAGAUUGGUAUCCCUGACCUGCUUGACGUGGAAGACGUUUGUGAUGUUGCCAAACCCGACGAGCGAUCUCUCAUGACAUAUAUUGCCUAUUGGUUUCACGCAUUUUCGCAGCUUGAAAAAGUGGAGAAUGCUGGACGACGAGUUGAGAAGUUUGUUAGUAACAUGCAAGGUGCUUGGGAAAUGCAAACCUCUUAUGAGAAAAGAAUGAGGGAGCUUUUACAUCAAAUCUCAGCGCAAAGGACGAGCUGGCAAGAAGCGUCAUUCCAAGGCACUUAUACUGAUGCCAAGGAACAACUUGCCGAGUUUUCACAAUAUAAGAGGAAUCAGAAAAGAAAAUGGGUGGCCGAAAAAUCCGAUCUUGCUGCGUUAUUAGGUAACAUCAAGACAAAGCUAAGCACUUAUCGCCUACGACCCUACGAACCUCCAGCAGACUUGCGACUUGAUAAAUGUGAUGAUGAAUGGGAGAAUUUGAUGAAGGACGAGCAUGAACGCAGUCAACAUAUCAAUGAAACCAUUCGAGAUAUUAAGAAUAGGCUGCGCCGGACCUUUGCCGACAAGGCUAACGAUUUUGCACUUACUCUAAAGACCUUGACUCUCGCGAUAUCAGGGUUGGAAGGGGAUGUGGAUGAUCAGCUUUCUCAUGUCCAGCGGCUGAACGAUAAUCUACCGCCUCUUGAUGCUUACUUGGAGACGAUCGCCGAUCUAGAGGACCAGUGUGCCGAAGCCAACAUUGAUGAAAAUGACUACACGACAUAUACAUUGGACGAGCUUUCAUACGAAUUAGGCCUCGUGAAAUCAAGCGUGGCGAAGAAGCUUAUGUUCCUCGAGAAUCAAAUGGUUGCACGGAGUAUGACAAAUUUGACUCCCAUACAACUGGAGGAAUUUGAGUCAGUUUUCCGACAUUUUGAUCGAGAUGGCUCGAACACCCUUCAGGAAAUUGAGUUUUCGGCGGCCUUGGCGAGUCUGGGUUUGGUUUAUGAUGAAGAUGAAAUGCACGAAGUUUUCCUCGACACGUGUGGUCGAGGAUCGUCUGUCAGUUUCGAGCAAUUUAUUCGAUUCAUGGUUAGUGUGACGGAGGAUCAGAACUCGGCAGAACAGGUCUUUCAGAGUUUCCGUGAAGUUGCAGAUGGCAAGCCAUAUGUUACGGAGCUGGAUCUGCGACACUCUCUUAUCCCGGAUGAUCUUAUUGAGAACCUCCUCGGAUCUAUGCCGAAACACGACGGACCUGAUCUCUUGGAGGAUAGGGAUGUCCCUAAAUAUGAUUAUAUAACUUUUAUGGAAAAGAUGAUGGACCACCAAGAGGAUUCGGGAGAUCAAAAUCAGCAUUUAAGUAAUGGGAGACACUAGGUAUCCCCCCGUCUUCGUUUUAAUGCAUUCGUGGUCGUUUGGGAUGCGCUUCUCUAUGUUUAUAGGUGUUUAGGCUGGUGAGGAUCGGCAUUGCGCCGGUUUGGUUGUUUAUAACUUUAUAUGCAUGCUGGGCAGCAUCCUUGUUCUAGUAUAGGACUAAUAUGUUUACGGUUAAUUUAAAUUUCCACUAUACUGCACG